GUUUAUGUAGUUUUUUCUUUUUUGUUGCUGUGAAGUUAACGACAAAUUAAGCUAUCAAAUCACGUCACUUAUUUGAUGUAAAGUUCUAUUUUUUCUAACAAGAUAUAUGAAUAUUAAAUAGGAACUUAAGUUUCACCACAUGUUUGGGAAAAAUAUCUGUCCAUGGUUGGUGCUCGAGGACCAAAGAAAUUAAAGUCAUUCUGAGAAACCGAAACAAUAAAUAUAAACUUGGAGUCGAACUCUAAAGCAAAUCUGAUUCAUUUCCAUGGCGGACGGGAGGCCGACCAAUAUUUAUCUAAGCCACAGAGACGAUGACUACAACGUUUAUGAAUUCACUGAUAAGCUUUGUGCUGCUUUUGAAGCUGAAGGUUUAACAACCUUUGAGCAAUAUCAGGAUCUUGAAAUAGACGAUUCACUUCUAGAUGAUCUUCUGAAACCAAUUCAUGAAUCGUGGGUCUAUAUUUUUAUCUUCUCCAAAAACGAUGCUACUUCAAAAGGUCACUUAAUGGAACUCCAAGAAAUUACUUGGCGCAUUCAUCGGCCACGCGGUGUUAUAUUCAUCUUCUACGAUCUUGAUCUAAUCCAGGAAAAGCAGGUUCUGGAUGAAUUCUAUGACAAGGUCGCCAGUCAGUUCAGCAAAUUCACAAGUGGGACGCCAGAUGAUCUUCUUGAGAUGUACAGUAUCAUGAUCCAACCACGCCGAAUUUCAAAAGCCAUCAAUGAAAUCGUUAGCAAGGUCAUGAUAGCUCUGCGUCAACUAGAGUAUGUUGUUGAGCUAGUUGGGAUGCAAUCUCGUGUAGCUGAAGUUGAAAAGCUUUUGAAUUUAAGUUCAGUUGAUGAACAACUUCGCGUAGUAGGCAUUUGCGGUAUGGGCGGAAUAGGCAAGUCAACUCUUGCUCAAGUUUUGUAUAGAUCAAUCUCUCGCCAUUUUGACGCUUAUUGUUUCAUAGAGAAUAUAAGUGAACUUUUGCAUGAUGAUCUUCCCCUAAUGGAAAUUCUUUAUCAAAACUUUGAGAUUAAAGAUCCAGAAACUUGGACUCGAAACCAACGGAGAUUUCUCGUUGUUCUUGAUGGUGUUGAUCAUGAACAAAAUCUUGAUGCACUGAAUCUGCUUCUGAAAUCUGAACGCUUUGAUAAAGGAAGUAGAAUCAUCAUUACAACUAGAAAUGAACGAGUCCUUGAGAAGUGUGAAGUGGAACAUGUUUAUAGACCUAAAAUACUGAGUGAGGAUGAAGCUCUUAAAUUCUUCUGUAUAAAAGCCUUUGGACGAUAUUCUGCAGAGAGUGGAUAUGAAGAGAUGACAAAGAGUGUACUGGAAUAUGCAAAUGGACUUCCAUUGGCAAUUAUAAAACUGGGCACAUUCUUACGCCAGAAAAGUGUUGGAGAAUGGAGAAGUGCCUUGGCUCAACUAAAAAGGGUUCCUGAUCGUGACAUAGUGGAGGUGCUCAAAAGAAGUUUUGAUGAACUUGAUGAUAAGAGCAAGGAAAUCUUUUUGGACAUCUCAUGUUUUUUCAUUGGAAAAAAGAUGGAUCGUGUGAAGGAAAUUUUAGAUACUUGUGGCUUUCCUGCGGAGAAUGGAAUGAAAAUUUUGAUUGAGAAAUCACUCAUGAACAUUUUAGAUCACAAAAUAGAGAUGCAUAAUAUGUUGCAAGAAAUGGGACAACAUAUUGUUCGGAGAGGAUUCCCUUAUGAGCCCAAAAAAUGGAAUAGGUUGUGGCAUAUAGACGAUAUUGAUUACGUCAUGCAACAAAAUGAAGGCACAGCUAUGAAAAGAUUUGAAGCUAUAUCCCUGGAUUUGGAAGACACCAGAAGAGUUACAUUAAGAGUUGAAGCUUUAUCACAAAUGAGCAAUCUUAGAUUACUCAUAUUCCGUAAUGUCAACUUUUAUGGAACUCUCAAUUCUCUUUCUAAUGAACUACGAUAUGUUUCGUGGCAUCAAUAUCCUUUCACUAGUUUGCCAUCGACUUUCGAGCCUUAUGCACUAGUGGAAUUGAUCAUGACCGAUAGCAACAUCAAAGAAUUAUGGCAAGGCCAAAAGGUGCUUCCUAAGUUGAAAACUAUGAUUCUUAGUGGCUCCAAAAAUUUGAUGAAGAUGCCAGAUUUUGGAGGGGUUCCAAAUCUUGAAAGAUUAGAGCUGGAAGGAUGUACUGGAUUGUUGCAAUUACAUGCAUCUAUUGCUAGAAUUCCAAAGCUCAAAUUCUUAAAUCUGAGAAACUGCAUUAAUUUGGUUAGUAUUCCGAAUGUGUUAUUUGGUCAAGGCUGUUUGGAAAUUCUGAACCUUGCUGGCUGUUCAAAGUUUGCUUCUUGUUUGAGAUUUUGCCCUUUGAAGAGCUCCAUAGAAGUGAGACUACUCAGCAUUUGGUACCAUCAAUUCUUAGAAAGAAUGUUGUACUUUUUUCUUUUUGUUUUGCCCCAACAUAAAAAUUAUCAUCUGCUUGUUUUUUGCUGUCUUUUUUACUUGUUCUGUAGGGUAAAAAUAAAAGGUGUGUCCUGAGAUAUAGUUUUGCUAGUUAUGUGCUUUAAACUCAAUUAUUCCACUUUUAUUAUAUGUGAAUGUAUGCGCAUCAUCUCUAACUAAUUAAUGGUGGGUGUAA